ACGCUCAGUCAAACAAACGCUCCAAUUACGAAGCACCUGCUGGAACCUCGAAGAGAAGCCUUCAACGAACAAUCAUCAUGGACCCAUGCGACUGCGCUAAAACUGGAACGUGCAGCUGUGGAGGCUCCUGCUCCUGCACGAACUGUGCCUGCAAGACCUGCCAGAAGAGCUGCUGCCCAUGCUGUCCAUCUGGCUGCAGCAAAUGUGCCUCUGGCUGUGUGUGCAAGGGGAACACGUGUGACGCCAACUGCUGUCAGUGAAGAGCCAGCGGUGUCAUUGCAUCUGUCAACCUGUGUUUGAGCUGAUUUGCAAAAUGUGAAUCUAUUUUAAUAAAUAAAUGUGAUAAAUGCAACUCA